GAGCGCGAGCUUGGCCGCCGCACUCUCCUUUCGGUCGGUUCUCGGGUACUGGCUCCGCUGAAAGAGUCAGGCCUUCCCAAUCCUACCAAUCGUAGCGGCGCUAACGCGACUCGGGGGCGUAAACAGAUUCUCUUCUCACCUGUGCCUAUUCUCGCCAGUCUUUUCUUCUUCGGUCCGGCUACAUGGCCGGCCGCGCUCCCAGCUGUGGCGUCCCCUGUGGCAUCAUAGAGAAUGUGGUCCUCCGUAGGCUCAGUCUACCCCUUUCCAAGUGGGGGUUAGAGCGCCUACGUCAUUCUCUGUCGCCUCGGGCUGGGUGAGGAGUGUCGACACUUGAGGAGGACGCCGCUGGGUCGGGCAAACCCGGAGGGAAGCGAGAAACGUCAGGAUUUGGGCGUAUAUUCUGAGCCUCAGAGAAGUGGAGGCUGCAUCCUGGACCGAGGGCUUUCGUCCCUUGAGCUGGGAAAAGCCUGCGGGAGGGGAGCCAGGCAUCUUUUCGGGCCUGAGGAGGAAAAGCGGAGUUGGUAACAGCCUGGGGUCACAAGCAUAGCUUGGGGGCAGGCCCGCAAGCAGUCCGCCAGCUCCUCAGCUCCGAGCCGAGGCAUCCACACCCACAGGCUGCACACUAAAAUGGCUGGCUAUGCCACUACUCCUAACCCCGUGCAGGAUCUUCAGGAGGAAGCGGUGUGUGCCAUCUGCCUGGAUUACUUCAAGGAUCCUGUAUCCAUAGGCUGCGGGCACAACUUCUGCCGCGGGUGUGUGACCCAGCUGUGGGGCAAGGAUGAUGAGGAAGACAGGGAAGUGAAGGUAGAUGAAUGGGAGGAGGACGAGGACGACGACGUGGAGGGGGCCAUCGGUGGAUGGGAGACCUCCAUUCAAGAGGUUUUGUACCAGGGCAAUGCCGAUGAGGAGUUGUUCCAAGACCAAGAUGAUGAUGAACUCUGGGUUGGUGACGGCGGCGUCAGGGACAACAUGGACUAUGUGUGGGACCAGGAGGAAGAGGAGGAGGACCAGAACUAUUACCUGGGAGGCAUGAGACAUGACCUGAGAAUUGAUGUCUACCCAGAAGAGGAGAUACUGGAAGAAUACGACAAGAACGACCAAGAGCUGCAUCCUGACACCCACCUGCAUCCUCUGGCCUCUCCACGUCAGUUCACCUGCCCCCAGUGCCGAAAGAGCUUUACCCGUCGCAGCUUUCGUCCCAACCUGCAGCUAGCCAACAUGGUCCAGAUAAUUCAACAGAUGUGCCCCACUCCUUAUCGAGGAAGCUGGGGGAAUGAUCAGGGUAUCUGCUCCAAACACCAGGAAGCCCUGAAGCUCUUUCGCGAGGUGGGCAAAGAGGCCAUCUGUGUGGUGUGCGGAGAAUCCAGGAGCCACAAACAGCACAGCGUGGUGCCACUGGAGGAGGUGAGAGGCACAAGGAGGGAAAAGGGGUGAGGGCUUGAAGGGAGUGGAGAAAACAAGGGGAACUGGGAGAGAUGGGUACUUGCUAGUUGAACCUUUCUGUGAGAGAUGAGGGCACAGUAGUGAAGAUUGGCAUAGGUAGGCAAAUUGGUUGAGGCUGAUUGGCUUCCCCUGAGGAAGCUGAGCAAAGACAACAGUCACCAGAAACUUACUACUGUUAUUCCCUUUCAAUCUCAGUAUAGGCCACAUAGCCCUAGUUCUUGAUUUCCCUCUGUUGAGUCUUGAGUCUGUACCUAAGUCUACAGGACCCUUAACACAUAGGAACAGAAAGCUUGUAGAUAGACAUUUGGGACCUCAGAGCACAAUGUCAAAACAGAUGACUGGAGAAGAAACACACAUACAAAAAAAACCAUAACUGGUAUUGGUAGACUGAAAUGCCAGGUUUGAGUCCUGGUCUAAUUAAGUGGAACUGGCCAUACCCCUUCCCAAAGUCUGAGGUUGCUUCCUCAUCCUCUAUAACAAUGGAUAUAGGGAAAACAGUUUCCCUACAGAGGAAGGCAGAGGAUAUAAAAAUGUUUUUACAU